AUGGCGACUUCGACUUUUGGACCUCGUUUGGCUGGUAAAGUCUGCAUUGUGACGGGUUCUUCAUCAGGCUUGGGUCGCGCAAUUGCACUGGCUUACUCCCAUGAGGGGGCGCACCUCGUCUGCGCUGAUCUCCAGCCGGCUGCACGUGCGAGUGUGAAUGGAGAGGAGGAGGUCAACACAGAUGAAUUGAUCAGAUCAAAUGGUGGCCAGGCUAUCUUCGUUGAGACGGACGUCACCAAGACCGCUGCCGUGGAGCAACUGGUCUCUAGAGCUGUCAUCCAGUUUGGCCGCAUUGACGUGCUAGUUAACAACGCUGGCAUUUCUGUCGAAGCAGGCAAAGAACCUCGUCGGGUACACGAAACUCCAGAGGACUGGUGGGAUCUGACCCUUGCUGUCAACCUCAAGUCCAUAUUUCUCGUCAGCAAGUAUGUCAUUGCCCAGAUGCUGAAGCAAGACAAGUCCGAGACUGGCGACCGAGGCUGGAUCAUCAACAUGUCCUCUAUCUUUGGCCUCGUCGGAGGAGUUACCAAUGCUGCGUAUGCUGCCUCGAAAGGUGGUGUGACAAACUUGACGCGUACCAUCGCUCUCGACUACGCGAAAGAUGGCAUCCACUGCAAUGCCAUCUGCCCAGGCUUUACGGAGACAGCCAUUUUUGCCGACACUAUCAAGACUCGCGACAGAGACCUCAUCCGAUCAAUGCAUCCUCUCCAUGGAACUGGAUCGCCGCAAGAUCUUGUUGGUGCCGCUAUCUUCCUUGCUAGUCAAGAGGCGCGAUGGGUCACUGGGGUGAACCUCCCGGUAGACGGUGGCUAUACAGCACGGUAG